CGAUGAUUCCAAACCCCCAGCUACUGAAGUAAUCUCAGCCAACGCUGCGAUAGCAAGCGCGCGCGAACCCACGAAGCAAGCCGAGCGAUAGCAAUUAAGAGUCACGAUGUAUGGCACGACAGGCACCAUUCAUGACUGGCUUUCGGAACAACAAGAACAAGAAGAACAAGAACAGGAACAACAAUCCAUCAUCGCCGAGAAGGCGGCCAACCAGCCCGACACGCGCAAGCGCAAGCGACAAGUGGGAUACCCAUCACCGGACCUAUCGGACCUCGACGAGAAGACGACCAAGACGGCAACGAAUCGUCUGGCGAUGUCAAAUCAGCCACUCACCCCUCGAGCAAAGCGCAGGGCCGAAGAUGACUUCGAGAUCGAUCAAUAUAAUGAGCAGCAAGAGGAGGGCGGUGAGAGUACUCGCGAAGAGGAUGCAGACGAAACGCCUAAGAGACGACCCGACACGAUCUUCCCUGACCCAACCCCAGCCCCUCCUCGAUCCGAUAGCACCACCACGACGAGUUCGCGGACGUCUCCAUCGAAGCGAAAUCGCACAGUCCGCCAGGUCAUGCUUGUCACGGCAAUUGAUCUAGCCUUCUUUAACGGAUCAGAACCACCGCCGUUGAGCCGCAUAGUAGCCAAGCUGGGGAAGCUCGAUGCCGACCGGCAGUUUGUGUGGAGUCAAUUGCAAGAGCCCAUUCUCGCUCACUCUCAGAUUGAUUCUCGGUUCUGGAAGCUUGCGCGGCCUGUGUGGUUCACCCCGAGCACAAGCACAGGCACAGGCAUGCCCAACGAUGGGGACAACGAUAUCUUCAGUGGCCACUUCCAAAAUCCGGCCCCGAGCAUUGAGGCCCUAACGCGAAUCAUGAACGACGCGCGUCAGUGUGAGGACGAACUCGACGCCGAGGCUGCCUGGAACUGCGAGGUCCAUCAACCGCUGCUCAAUUUGGCUCUGGACGGCCACCACGACGAAUUCCGCGCGUCCAAUUGCACGGCGGCCACGAUCCGAUCCGAGUACAGUACAUAUGCAAUGCCAAGCAACAGCAGCAACCACAACACGAAGAAGAACCCCAUCGCCAUCAGCAUCGAGACGAAAUCGCGCAAGCCGGACCAAGAGGAGGCACUGCUGCAGCUCGGCACCUGGCUCUCGGCGCAGUUCCAGUGCCUGCGCCACCUCGUCGUGGCCAGAUACGCCAGCCUCGCCGCGGGCACAGAUGCGUGGCGCGCCGCUCUCGAGGAGCUCGCCUUCCUCCCAGGCGUCAUGGUCCUGCAGCACAGCUGGCACCUCGUGGCCGCGACGCGAGCCGACCAUGACUCUGAAGCCAAUUCUCGGCAGCAGCAGCCCCGCGUCGUGUUGUGGAGGACUGUGGAAAUGGGCAACACGCAGACGCCCGAGGGCAUAUGCCGGCUCAUUGUCAGUUUGCGCAUACUCCUCCACUGGGCACAUAACACCUACUGGCCAUGGUUUGAGAAGUGGGUGCUGGGACAAGUCGAGAGAUCUCGAUGAUGAUGAUGUCCAACUGCUGGGUUGGGAGAGACCGACUUGGCGUGUGUACUCAAAUAGCAUUCAUUGUGAUACCCCGAGAUGGCUGGCUGCUUACUCAAGCAUGAGCUUUUUGACAAGAUUGCAGAGACCAGUAUUAAUGACGGAUCGCCAGCGUCAGUGAUCCAUAUAUUAAUCUCCUCCCAGGACAUGGAUAUCGUUCCUAGUUCACUCAGGUAAUGCCAACAAUUGUCAUUGCUGGGUUGGAAGAUCUUCCGACCCAGGAGCUCGUUAACGGCACGUACCCGUGUGUCUCUGUGAUUGGGGACACAGUCGCGAAGAAUUUGAAAUGAUCCGUUGUCUCAA